AUGUUUUCAAAAUAUUUAUUGAUCUGUGGAAUUGUUUUACAAAUCGACUGUAGUUUUAGUGCACCGAUUGAUGGUGAUAGAACUACGAAUGAGCAAAGACAAAAACGUCAAGUCGAAAACUUUUAUUUUCCAUCGCUCCCAAAAUAUAAUUUCAAUGUACCUGAACAAUCGAGAUGGCCAUUUCCCCAACAGCCAAAGGGUAUGAAUGGUCUUCGUAUAAAUCCACAAUAUCAAUUCAAUGACAAUUUCAAAUUUGGACCUUAUGUCGAUUACAUUCCAAGGCAAGGAUUCAUGGGUGCUGGUGUCAACGCGAAAAUUAGAUGGAAACGAAGCAUCGAUGAAGAUGCUCAGCAAUCGGUAAACUAG